CCUACCAGGCCAACGGCCAGGUCAAAGAGGCUGUCGUACUGCUCGAGCAGGUCGUCGCUAUUGAGGCUAAAACCGUCGCUGAAGACCACCCCGACCGGCUUGCCUCGCAGCACGCGCUCGCAGGAGCCUAUAAGGCCAACGGCCAAGUUAAAGAGGCUGUUGUACUGCUUGAGCAGGUCGUUGCUAUUCAUAAGCAAGUCCUCGCCGAAGACCACCCCUCCCGGCUCGCCUCGCAGCACGAGCUCGCAGGAGCCUACCAGGCCAACGGCCAGGUCAAAGAUGCUGUCGUACUGCUCGAGCAGGUCGUUGCUAUUGAGGCUAAAACCCUCGCCGAAGACCACCCCUCCCGGCUUGCCUCGCAGCACGCACUCGCAGGAGCCUACCAGGCCAACGGCCAGGUCAAAGAGGCCGUCGUACUGUUCGAGCGGGUCGUCGCUAUUCUUAAGCAAGACCUCGCCGAAGACCACCCCGACCGGCUCGCCUUGCAGUAUACGCUUGUACGAAUAUUGGAAGCAGCAGAUCGCGAUAGAACUAGAGUAUAA